AUGGCUUCCACCUUAUUCUUCCUCCCUUCACCUAAAACCACUACUUCCCCCUCCAACAGACUCUCCGUUCCUGGGUUUCGUCCUCCGAGACUUCGCUCGCUUAGAUGGCGAGCGGCAGUUUCCGUCAGGACCAGCAUCGCCACCAAACCACGGCCCACGGUCGUCCCCUUUGACCCCGCCGUCGAGACCAAACAGGACGUCGGCAGCGGCCGGAAGCUGGCGGCGUGGACCAGCAUCCGACAGGAGCGGUGGGAAGGGGAGCUGGUCGUGGAGGGAGAGAUCCCACUGUGGCUGUACGAUCUGCAGAAGGGCACGUACCUGAGGAACGGCCCGGGCAUAUGGCACAUCGACGACUACAACUUCCGCCACCUCUUCGACGGCUACGCCACCCUCGUCCGCGUCUGUUUUGAGCACGGCGGCGUCACGGCCUCGCACCGACAGAUCGAGUCCGAGGCGUACAAAGCCGCCAUGACGAACCGGCGGCUCUGCUACCGCGAGUUCUCCGAGGCCCCCAAACCUACCAGCUUCCUCGCCUACGUGGGCGAACUCGCAAGCCUCUUCUCCGGUGCGUCCCUCACCGACAACUCCAACACCGGCGUGGUCAGGCUCGGGGACGGCCGCGUGGUGUGCCUCACCGAGACCGUCAAGGGCUCCGUCCAGAUCGACCCUGACACGCUCGACACCGUAGGGAGGUUCGUGUACGAAGACAACUUGGGCGGGCUAAUACAUUCGGCGCAUCCGAUAGUGACCGAGUCGGAGUUCCUGACGCUGUUGCCGGACUUGGUGAGGCCGGGUUACCUGGUGGCGAGGAUGGAGCCCGGCAGCAACGAGCGGAAGGUGGUGGGGAGGGUGAAUUGCCGGGGCGGGCCGGCUCCCGGGUGGGUGCACUCCUUCGCUGUCACGGACCGCUACGUGGUGGUGCCGGAGAUGCCGCUGAGGUACUGCGUGCACAACCUGCUGAGGGCUGAGCCCACGCCGCUGUACAAGUUCGAGUGGCACCCCGAGUCCGGCAGUUACAUGCACGUCAUGUCCAAGGCCACCGGAAAGAUCGUGGCCAGCGUUGAAGUCCCUCCGUUUCUGACCUUCCAUUUCAUCAAUGCAUACGAGGAGGUAGACGAAAACGGAAGAGUCACCGGAAUCAUAGCCGAUUGCUGUGAGCACAACGCCGACACCAGCAUCCUGGACAUACUUCGCCUCCAAAAUCUGAGAUCAUUUACUGGUCUGGAUGUACUACCUGAUGCUAGGGUGGGAAGGUUUAGGAUCCCCUUGGAUGGGAGCACAAGAGGAGAGUUGCUUGCAGCACUGGACCCAGAGGAGCACGGGAGGGGAAUGGACAUGUGCAGCAUCAACCCGGCCUAUCUGGGGAAGAAGUACAGAUACGCCUACGCCUGUGGAGCCAGACGCCCCUGCAACUUCCCCAACACCCUCGCCAAGAUCGACUUGGUGGAGAAGAAGGCAAAGAACUGGCACGAGGACGGUGCGGUGCCUUCCGAGCCAUUCUUCGUGGCACGGCCAGGGGCCACCGAAGAGGAUGAUGGUGUCGUGAUCUCCAUAGUGAGUGACAAAAAUGGAGAAGGGUACGCACUGAUGUUGGACGGAGCCACCUUCGAGGAGAUCGCACGAGCCAAGUUCCCCUACGGACUCCCCUAUGGCUUGCACGGAUGCUGGGUUCCGAAGAUGUAAUCCGCCUGUGGCGCAGUAAUGGUGGGCAGCGACAUGUAAAUCCCACGCUUCGGACCCUCCCUCGCAUUUCUUCCAUACGCGUAGGUCUCUACAGAUAUAAUUAAGUCAAGCAAGCGUGUGAAUUAUCGUUCA